AUCCCUUUUUUUUGCACCCUUCACAUUGACUGCUGGCCAGCCCCCACCAGGACUUCUAGGAUUCUAAAGGCUUCUUUUAAAUCUGUUAACAAGAUGAUUGACCUAAGCUUCCUAACGGAGGAAGAACAAGAGGCAAUAAUGAAGGUGCUCCAACGGGAUGCAGAACUCAAGAGAAAGGAAGACGAGAGGGUCAGGCAUUUACCAGAAAAAAUUAAGAAUGACAAUCAGCUAAAGAAUAUGAGUGGGCAGUGGUUUUAUGAAGCAAAGUCAAAGAGGCACAGAGAUAAAAUACACGGAGCAGAUAUCAUUAGAGCAUCGAUAAGAAGAAAACCCACAACAACAGCUGAGCGGAGUCAGAACAAAUCAGAUAAAACAAAGAACAAUUGGGUGAACAAUGUCAAUAAGGAAGUUUCUGUCCCAGCAGAGCUAUCUGGUAUCAGGGAAGAGACAGAAGAAGGGGAAGUGAAAUCCAAUCAAAGUUCUAAUGCACUGGACGCAACCUUAGAGACACCACAGGAAAGCUCAAAGAAGGUAGCCGUGUCACCAGGAAAGCAAAGGAAAAAUCCAUUUAAUGACUUCACUGCACCAGAACAGAAUGUAAAAAGUAGGAACUCAGAAAGUGGAACAGUUGGCCUAUCUCAGAUGCCAAAUGAGGACACACUGUCACCUUCAAAGGAGACCCAAUCCAAGAGAAACAUACUAAAUAGUAGGUCAGAGGAACAUAGGCAGGCUUCUGGAGAACAAAUUGAUGAGUCACAGAGAAUUGCAGAUCAGCCUCCUGUACCCAAAGCUAGAAAAAUCAUCUACAAAAUAACAGAUCCCGUAUUGGAGAAAGAUGGUUCUGUUCCCAAACCUACUAAAAGGACUGAUUGGGUUAGUGGUGCUGGUACACCACCGAGGGGCAUCCUGAAACGCAGUUCAAGUUCAAGUUCCACUGAUUCAGAAGUUCUUCGUGUUAAUCAGGUCUUUGACCAUCAGAGUAAGACUGCUUUGCCAUCUUCAACUGUUCUCGAAAGAGUAGCUGAGACAAAUCCUCCUGCAGAAGACCCCUCACAAAAUUCACUGGAAAGACUAAAACAGGUCAGGUUCUCUUCCAGUAUAGGUACAAAACAACCUCUUCAGAGCCCCCAGCUGCAACAUGGCAAAGAUAUAGGAGAGUUCGACUUACUGGAAUCAGACUACGUUAAGAGGGCAGAAAAUGACAGUAAUAGGUUAGAUGCACUUCAGAAUGAACAAACCCUUCCUGUAAAAUCUCCACGCUCCCAAUCUUCUGCUUUAGAUGUUAAUACAAGAGACAGAGAUGUCACCCAAGAAGACACAUCAGCACCAUAUUCUUCUGAUGCUAACAGAUCAAGCCUACCAGUUAAUGAAACCUUACAGCUUAAGACAAGUCUUCCUAUGGAACCUGUAACGCCAAGGAAAUCCUCCAGUAAUAUCUCACCAAAUGUCCAGGAAGUGCAAACUGUUGAUGAAACAUUGUCUCAAAACAUAUCCAAACAGUCCCCGAAUCCUGACUUGGAGUCAUCCAAACACACUAUUGAUCAGCAGCCACUUUCUGCUAAGACAAAAUCUCCUCAGGUGCCAAAUGCCAGCUCUGCAGACCUUCAACAAGGUAAGCCUGUUCUUGUUGAGGAUCAAAGUGCUAAAACCACUUCCAAGCCUGACAGACAUGCUGCUGAGUUAAUGAAGGUAGCUGAUGAGUCCAUAUCAAAAGUAUUAGAUUGGUUUAAAAGAAGCUCCAAUACUGGUGAUGAGAAUACUCCAUCGGUAGCCUCCCAAAGGAGAGAGUCCAAAGAAGAACUGUACUUACCACCUAGGACAAGAGUUAUAACUACAAAAGAUAGUGGACCAAGCACAGAUGAAAAUACACAACUGAUUGACUUGUCAUUUGGAAAUAGUGGGAAACCAAGCAAUGUUUUGAAACCUGCAGCAGUUGAUGCAGAAGACAUACAGAUAAUAAAAGUAGGAAAAAAAGAAAAUCUAAGUCAAGAGACUCAAGAAACAGACUAUAACAAAGGGCCUAUUGUACUUCGAAAGAGCAAAAAUGGUAGAGAGAAGAUGCAUUUACAGGUCACUGAUCUUCCAGUUACUAAAUUAGAUGAAACAAAUAUUCUUAAAAAAUCAGCUGCAGAAGGCAAAAUGUUAUACAAACCAGAGGAUGAAAGUGCGGCGUAUAAAGAACCAACAUUUUUUACAGAAGGAAAAGGCAAACCAGGUUCAAAGAGUUUCAGUUCUCCUGAAAAGCUAAAUGAAGGUUCACUAUUGAAAACUAAUGUGCAAAUUCAGAAAGAGGAAGAGAAAAUAUGCACGAUCAAAUCUCUCUUGGAAGAAGACCAUGUUCAGUCACAGACUGGAUUUGAUAAUAAAGGAACAGAGAGAAAAGAACCUGGUUUACUUGAUCAAGGAUGUAUGCAACUAGAGCCAAGUAGUCCUAGGACAAAACUACCUGUCUUGCCACAGCAUGAAUCCAAACAGCCAUCUCCCAUACAAAUCUCAGAUGAGGAUAUGGAACUAAAGAAAAGUGUAAGGGAUAUUAGGGCUUUCUGGGAAAGUGACACAACUGGACCCAGGCAUACAAAUAAGGAAGGCAUUUUAAGUACUACCCUAUCAGCUAGUAGCACAGUACAAUACACCAAUAAAGGAAAUAGCAAAGUAAAACCCACUGAUGAUUCUGCAGCAUCCCUAUCAAGUGAAUCAAAAGAUCAAAACAAGUAUAGUUUGGUUAACUUCAGAAAAGUUGAAUUAAGUGAUGAUGAGGCAUCUAAAGAUAAAUUUCUAAAGUCUUCAAAGACUGGGCCAGAUAUAAUGGCUAAAUCCAAAGCAGACCAUACUGUUGAGAAGUCCAGAAAAAUACUUCAGUCUGAUGGUAAGGUUAAUGAAUUUACAAAAUUGCCAAAAGCAAAUAAUUUGCAACCAAGAAUUGGUCUUACUCCUACUUCAUCAAAGAAGUAUGAAGAUGGGAAAGAAGUGUCUUCAGAAAAUGACAGAAAUCCCUCUUCUACAAAACAGAAGCCAAAUUUUAAGGUUUUGUCUUUGAAGGAUAAAAUAGAUGAAGAGUCUAAGAAUCAAAUUUCCAACCCACUGCAAUUUCAGAGUUUGAGAAGUUUUUGGGAUAUUGGACCUAAAUCACAGAGUAGGACCAAUAUGAAAAAUGAAACCACUUCCCCAGGUAAUAUUAGUUCAGUAACUUACCAAAAAGAGUCAAAGGAAUGUGAAGAAAGCAGAGCAGACACAAGCCAAGAAGAAGUGAUCGUUCAACAGCAAAAUCAACUUCCCGAGAGAGAUAAAACAAUAAACUUCAAAGUACCUGAGUUGCCUAGACAGGAAGGGCAGCCCAUUCUUAGGUCAGUGAAUCUGACAAGAACAGAAAAUACAGAAUCUCUCCAAAUAGUGGGGGAAAAUGUAGGAAAGUCAGUGAUCUCAAAACCUAAAGAAAAGGUGGAUCUUCCAGAACAAGAAGUUAAAGAAUAUAUAGAAAAAAUGAGUGUUCCACCAAAAGAACAGCACAGCACAUUUAACAAUGGCUUACAGAAACUGCUUAAAGAAAUGUCUGAGGCACCCUUGCCAUCGAUCCAACUAGUUAGUGAUAAAAGUGUUCCAAGAAAAGAAUUGGGAAUUGAUGAACACCCAAUUGUUUCUGUAAAAACAAAGCAGAGCAAAACUGCUCCCACAGACUCCAAGGAAAAAGCAGUAUCCCCUAAAGAGGAGGUUGUAGAGACUGUAGACAAAACUGUUGCUCCAUCAAAGGCUCAACUUGAUGCAUUUAAUGCUGGGCUAGAGAAACUGCUAAAGGAAACCUCCAAAAUAUCAUCAUCUUCUAGUCAGAACGUAACAGAAAAUAUUUCUGAAGAGACAGUUUCUUGUCCUGGGCAGAGAAGAUUUUUUGAAAAGGUGAUGGAACGGAGUCACAACACUUAUCCUACAUUUCAAAGAGAGGAAAUGCUUCCUCAAGAAGUAAAAGAAACUAUAGAAAGAACAGUCGUUCCACCCAAAGAUGAACUUGAUGAACUAAAAAUUGGUCUGGGGAAGCUGCUUAAGGAAUGUGACACUUCCUGUCCAUUGCCUCAGGCAGCAGAUGAGGGUAUCCAGAGAGAGAGUUCUCAUGAAGAAGUCAUUCCAAGCUCUUCCCAAAAGGCAAUGUGUCCUGGCAUAGCUGCUUAUGUCGUGACCCAGAAUGAAGCACAGCCUCCUGGAGAGGCAGUCUCAGAGACUGUAGAAAAAACCACAGUUCCACCAAAAGCUGAAUUCCAUGAUCUGGAUGCUGGUUUAAAGAAACUACUUAAGGAAGCAUCCGCAAUCUCAUUUUCAUCGUACAAUGUAGAUAACAGUAAAAAAGCAGUGUCUGAGAAUGUGCCUGAAGAUGAUCAGCGAAGAUAUUAUAAGCGGAUGACAGAGACUGACCAGGCUACUUCUGUUACUGGCCAAGGAAGGGUUGGGGCUCCAAAUGUAAUUGGGACUGUAGAGAGAAGUACAGUUCCAUAUCAGGAUAAUGUUAACCCAAUCAAUACAUGCUUGGAGAAACCAAAUGAAGAGACAGCUAAAGUGCUGUUACCUUUAUAUACAAAACAUGGAGAAAAUGUAAGCUCUCGGCUAGAGGAUCAGAUUGGUCAUCCUGUAUCUCCUGGUAACCAUCAUGAAGUGACUGAAAUACUAGUAAAAACAGUUCAGCCAAAACCUGAACUCCGUGAAUUUAAUGCUAGUUUGCAGAAACUGCUCAAGGAAGCUUCUGAAAUGCCACCCUCUGAACAGAAAAGCUUUGACAAUGAGAUGCAUGUUAGGAUACAACCUAAUCGGAGUGUGAAUUCCUCUUAUCUAGUAGAUGUUGACCAUCCUCAAGAAGUAAAGGAAACUGUAGAAAAAGCUGUUGCUCCUUCCAAAUCAGAACUCAGUGAAUUUAAUUCUGGAUUAGAGAAACUGCUGAAGGAGGUCUCUGAAAUGCCACCUUCUAAACUGAAAAGAUUGGACCGUGAGAUGUAUAGUAUGGGGAAUGUUAAGAUACAACCUAAUCAGAGUGUGAAUUCCACUUACCAACAAGAAAUCAAUCAUCCCCAAGAAGUAAAUGAAACAGUCAAAAAAGCUGUUGCUCCUUCCAAAGCAGAACUUAGUGAAUUUAAUUCUGGGUUAAAGAAACUGCUGAAGGAAGUCUCUGAAAUGCAAACUCCUCAACUGAAAAACAUGGACAAUGUGAUGCAGAAGAGUAUGGGGAUGCAGCCUAAUCAGAGUGUAGACUUAACUUAUCAGCAAGAUAUUGACCAUCCUCAAGAAGUAAAUGAAACCAUAGCAAAAGCUGUUGUUCCUUCCAAAUCUGAGCUUGGAGACUUUACUGCUAGUUUGCAGAAACUGCUUAAGGAAGCCUCUGAAACUCCACCUCUUAAGCUGAAGACCGUAGACAGUGUAAUACAGGGUAGGACACAGCCUAAUCAGAGUGCAUAUUCCCCUUACCAACAAGAGAUGGACCAUCCCCAGGAAAUAGAAGAAACUGUAGAAAAAACUGUUGCUCCAACAAAAGCAGAAUGCAGUGAAUUGAAUAUCUGCUUAGAAAAACUUCUUAAAGAAGCAUCUGACGUUUCAUCUCAGCUGCCAAUGAAGAUGGGAAAACAGGAAAGACCCAGUGACUCUGUGUCUCAAGCAGAAAAGGGAAGUCUACCCAUUAAAAUGCCACUUGCUGGUCCAAGUGCUUCAAGUGGCUAUUGCACAGAGUUUAAGAUACCAAUCAAGAGAGAGACUUUGAAACAAAAUGACAAAGCCCUAAAGGAAGAUCAUGUGGUAAAUGAAGUGAGAGCUUCUACUCUCCCUGUAAGAAAUGUAGCAUUUGAGAAAACAGUACAGACUAACCUGGCAUCACCUGAAGCACUUCUCAAGGAAAGAGAGAAUGGCGCGGCUGUUUUCAAGAUGCAUAAGAUGGAGAUAAAAAAUGAAAAUGAAAGAGAGGAAGCAGCAGGAAAGGAGGUUGAUAAAAGCGCUUCCUUAGCAGAUGCCAGUGAGGCAACAUCUGAAGUGAAUGCACCAUUUAGAUUCAGGAGACUGAGCACACCACUUAAAGAUGAUGAUCGCUCCUCCAAAAUAAGUAAAGUUGAGCUGCUCCUAGCAUCUCCUUAUGAUGAUGAAGAUGACACCAUAAGUUUUGGCUCUGAUCUUUCAGGUUCAACCUGUUCAGAAGAAUUAGAUCCUAUUUUGAAGGCUUUGAAAAGGAGUGCAGAUAGGCAAAGGCCUUCCAAAAGUCUAGAGGACAUUCCAUCAGCCACAUCAAAUAAAGGAAAAAUAGAUAUUCCAAAAGAAGAAUUAGUACUUAGUGCUGAAGAUGAUCAGAAAACCGAUCAGCAACAAGAGACAAAUGAAAAUGUACAAGGAAUCUCCACAGUGCCUUCAGACCUGGAUCACCAGUUUUCAAAUCCUGAAAAACUCAAAAGACUGAGCCAGUCAGUACCAGCAUUUCUACAAGAAGAGAGUGACAGAGACACUGAUACAACAUCAGAAAGCAGUUAUCCUCAUGGCAGAAUCAAGAAGAGCCCCAGCUCUCUAACCAAUCUUAGCGGCUCUUCUGGCAUGGCGUCCUUGUCUUCUGUGAGCGGAAGUGUAAUGAGCAUCUACAGUGGAGACUUUGGCAAUGUGGAUGUGAAAGGCCACAUUCAGUUUGCCAUUGAUUACGUAGAACAGCUGAAGGAGCUCCAUAUUUUUGUUUCCCAGUGUAAAGACUUGGCAAUUGCAGAUGUUAAGAAACAACAUUCAGACCCAUAUGUAAAGACUUACCUGCUUCCAGAGAAGUACAAGCUGGGGAAAAGGAAGACCUCAGUGAAAAAGAAAACGUUGAAUCCAGUCUAUAAUGAAAUAUUGCGGUAUAAAAUUGACAAGGCACUGGUGAAGACCCAGAGACUGAAUCUCUCCGUCUGGCACAAUGACACCUUUGGGCGCAAUAGUUUUCUAGGUGAGGUGGAACUUGAUUUGGGAACAUGGGACUGGAAUGACAAACUGAAUAAGCAGAUGAACUGGUUCCCUCUUAAGCCUAGGACUCCAGCCGCAGCUCUUGAACUGGAGAACAGAGGAGAGAUUAAACUAGCCCUUCAGUAUGUCCCAGAGCCUGUCGGGGGUAACAAGACCCCAUCCACUGGAGAGGUCCACAUCUGGGUGAAGGAAUGCAAUGACCUCCCUCUCCUGAGAGGCAACAAGAUCAACUCUUUUGUUAAAUGUACCAUUCUUCCAGAUACUAGUAGGAAAAGUCGCCAGAAAACAAGAGCAGUGGCGAAAACUACAAACCCAGUGUUCAACCACACCAUGGUUUACGAUGGCUUUAGAGCUGAUGAUUUGAAAGAAGCAUGUGUAGAACUUACAGUCUGGGACCACAACAAACUAGCCAAUCACUUUCUGGGAGGUCUCAGGAUAGGAAUGGGAACAGGCAAAAGCUAUGGUAUUGCAGUGGACUGGAUGGACUCCACUUUAGAGGAAACCACCCUAUGGGAGAGAAUGAUGAGCUCGCCAAACACAUGGGUAGAAGAUACACUUCCACUCCGGAUGCUAAUGGUAGCAAAGCUAGCAAAAUAAGAUGACUUUCUAAUUGCUAGUGUCCAAAGUGUUUACUUGUUGGAUCUUGGGAGCGGAAGGAAAUAAUAAAAUGGGGAACUUGGAGGAAUUCUAUAAAAGUGUGUGUACUACAGUAGAUCUGUAGACAGCCUCUGUUCUGUUGUUUUAUUUUGUGCUGCUAAACGUUACUACGUAAUGCAAAUUAAACUUUUCUGCUUUCAGAUUAUUUUUUAAACUAACGGCCUUUUACUUCUUGCUCACUGAGAAUGAAUUAAAUAAAGAAUUUAUUAUUGAAAUUCAGUGGUCCAGUUACCAGGGCUGUGUUGUGUGUGUGGUCACCUAGAAUAGGGCAAAAUGUUGGUGAUUCGCUAAAUAAUGCACCCAAAACCUAAACCUAAAAAAACAACAACUUUGUCUAUUUCCCAGGGUCUUCUGUGUGGCAUUUAAAAUAAGCUGACAACAGAGCGCUAUAGUCAUAUUCACUGUGUCUUUGCAGCUUAAUUUUAAUGGUAUGUUCAAGUCUCUCGUGGUUACACCCUUUGCUAGAGUUCAUGACAGGGAAUUCCAUCUCUAGUUUUAAGCUCUCAGAGCUUGAGAGCUUUAUCUAUUGAUAUAAGCAUUCUAUGAAGAGUGGUGAUAUUGAGCUCAAUCCUAUAGGGUGCUGAAUUUCCACACGUUCAGGAUCAGGGCCAUAAAGAGGGUUUGACUGUAUACGUAGUACAUAUACUAGUGGUUUUGUUGUCUUAUCUCUAAAUUAUGGGUUCUGUAUGGAAGCAAUGAAGUUGAAUUUACUGUAUUUAAAUGUUACUCUGAAGGAUCUCUUCACCCAUUAAGUUGCUCAUUUUAUUAUUGAUGAAUAAAUUGGAUAUUUAUUUUAUGCGUAUACACUAUCUGUACCCAAGUGUGUUGUUGGAUUGCUCUUUUGGGUGUGUCAAGACUUUUUUGUAUGCAUUUUGGUGCCACCACUACAACACAGCAGGAAUUGGGUAGUUCCUUAAAGAACCUACACCGUAUGAAAAAGCAAGCAAAUUUCAAUCAUAUAGCAUUGUAGUUAAUUAAAAGUUUGAAUGUAAAAACCAUAUAAAUGUAUUAUUAUUACACUUUUUAACUAAAAGCAGCCUAUUAAAGCUACAGUUGUGUUCAGAGAAGUAACUGCUCAAUUAAAAUACACAUCUAAUCAAUUAUACUAGAUUUGCAUUUCAUAUAUCUGUGAAAUUUUCAUAUUGCAUUAUUGAACGUCACAAUACUCAAAAUAAAUGCAUAUGAUACA